GUGAGAUGUAUUGUUGCGAACAACAACAACAGUCACGGAGUCGGCGGACAGCGGACGGUGGACGCUGCGUGACCAGGCGUUGUGGAGAGUGAUAGAGAGAGAUAGACAGAUAGAGAGAGAUUGCGCGUCCGUGCGUCCGUGUGCGGGGGAAAUCGGUGGCAAACUGCUGCACGGACCAGGAGGAGGACUUUCUUUUAUCCGUGCGUGCUUUUUUAUACUUGCCGUGCGUGUGUUUGUGUGCGCUCGUAACACGGGCCGAAAGGGGCGGUAAGGGGCAAGUAAAAGCUGUAAAGUGGGCAGUCCUUCCUACAGCGGACCUGUCGCGCACAAUAUUAAGCAUGAAGUCAGUCCCUCUAUGUGCGGGGAUCAAACCUCUCCCUCCACUACUGUUGCUUUCAUCCAUGAUCGCGCGCCGAGGAGCAAACUGACCGCUUUUUCACUCCACACACGCGGGGAACUUUGUGGAUGUCACCAGAAAACAACAGUCCUAGGACAAUCAUUACGCAACAACUACCUUGCUUUUUCCACGGAUUAAUUUCUCAACACCAGGAUUGAUACCCUGGCAGGCGGGGUGAUGGAUUUUAACCUUCUGGCGGACAGCGAGGCCCGCAGCCCGGCGCUCUCCCUCUCAGACUCCGGGACGCCGCAGCACGACCAGGGAUGCAAAGGCCAGGACCACAGUGACACAGAGAAGACCCACCAGAACCAGCUGGAUGAGUCCAGUGCGGAGGACGGCUCCCUGAAGAAGAAGCAGCGCCGGCAGCGCACCCACUUCACCAGCCAGCAGCUCCAGGAGCUGGAGGCCACUUUCCAGAGGAACCGCUACCCGGACAUGAGCACCCGCGAGGAGAUCGCUGUCUGGACCAACCUCACAGAGGCCCGCGUCAGGGUGGGUGACCGACUCCGCCCCUCUGUCCUCCCCAUCCACCUGUCCCCUAGUGGUCAGGUCCCUCCCCCCUCUGUUAUCUCGUAAUUGGUUGCCCUCCCCGCCUUUGUCUGUCUCGUAAUUGGUUAACACAAUUGGUAUUUUUCCCCAAAACAUUGUCUUGUGGCCAAGUAGAGCGUUUUGUUAGCCAGGCAACGACUUUGCAGAGGUGGCCCCCCAACUUGAGGCUGAGAGA